GUAAAAGAAACAAUUAUAAACAAAGUAAAAAGCAAGCUCAAAGCUACACUGUCGACUAGUUCAUAUCAACGCCUGCCAUGGAGCACUUGGGCUUGAUUUUCAUGACGAUUUCUGCGUUUCUUUUUCUAAAAUCGUCAAUCGCAAUAUAUAUGCCGGCAACUCGUUGUGCAAAGUAUCCAGAAAAAUGCAGGGAUGCAAUCAUUAAUGACAUUGCAGCCAGUCCAGAGUCAGGAGAAACUGUUGAUGUAAGAAGAUUUCCCUCAUUUCAUACAGUUUCUGAAAGAAGGAAUAAGAUACAGGAUGUAGCUAUUAAGCUUCAUACUAUGCCAAAAGAAAAAGAAAAUCGGAAACAUCCGAUGAUUGACGUGAUUACAAAUUUCAUCGAUGUACCUACAUUCAAAGGUCAAAAGACAAAUUUUGCUGCGAUAAAAAGUUUGGAUAUUUUAUCACGAAUCGAUGACUCCAAGCUUGGUAUGGUUAUGAAAAAGAAAAGCGUUCCAAUCAUUGAUAAAGCCGAAAUGAAUGAAAACGUGAAACUGAGUUCAUUUUCAAACAGGAUUAUAAAGGAGGUAAUUCAAGGUAUUAGAUCAAAUGAAAAUCUUAAGACCAAGCCGGUUACCAAUAGAGCUGAAAAUGAAAGAAAUAAAAUCUCAAAAAAUAAGGUAAAGGACAAUGAUGCUGGUGAUAAUCAACCAACUAAUAAGAGUACAAUUACUAAUGAAAACAACAAACCAAAUAAUGAUGAGGCACUUUUAGAAACAAGCAUGAACCUGAACGAAAUGAGUCACGAUAGCAGAAUAGCUGCUAGUCCAAAACUAGAGACAGCUCCCGAUUCAACCGAGAAAUCUCAAAUUGCUGCUGAUGCAGGUAGUAAAGGGAAAUCUGAUGCUAUUACAAAUAUAGGGAAUGAACCAAUUGUUAAGGAUACUCUUCUAGGUACUAAUACGAAAGCAGACGGGAAAGGAAGUCUAGACAGAAUAGCUAGUAGAUCAAGUGGGAAUACAGCAGCAAAUCGGAGCACAGAACAGACAUCCGGAGGCACUUUUAUAAGCACAGACAUAAAUUUGGAUAAAACUGGAAAUUCAGGUAACUUUAAAGUGGACAGAAAUGACGGGAAGAAUGAAGACAUAAAAUUUGCCACAAUUAUAAAUCCGAGCAACCCAUCAAUAAUUAAAAACGCAAUCAAAGAUGCAAGUUUAAACACAACUCCUGAGACAUUAGUAAGAAAAAAAAGAAGGGUUGUAACUGGAGGUGUGGAUAUAAGUAGAAGAAUGAAUUUACGUGGAGGCCCAAUGGGAGGAAGAAGACUGACUCGUGGUGGAGAUUCUUUUUCGCAGACUUAUUCUAAUGGAGGAUUAAGCAGACAGUCCAGAAUAUCACCAAUGACAUCUGGAUCUUACGGAUCGUCAAAUAGGGGAAUGAUGAUGUCGGGUAUGUCUUCUGGUGGAAUCUCACGAGGAACAUCAUUCUCACAGUUUUCAUCCCAAGGCACGUCAUCUGGCCUGUCUUCUAAUGGAGCCUCAAGAAUCAAGGUCGUAAAACUCAAUUCCGAUGAUAAUUUAGAAAAUUUAAAAGAAGUAAACGUACACGGCAUGCCUUCUGAUCGAAAAGGAUUUAGAAAAUUCUCCUCACUAGGUACUCCAAAUAUAGAAAUGAUGAGAAGCGGCCAGAUUUCGACAAGACAACAGAUGAGAUCCACAGUGAUAAAUUGUGACAAUAAUUCAGGAGGCGAAUGUGCACCGCAAAUUUUUUACCCAGGACAAAGAAGCCCCAUCAUGACAGCUUCAUACGGAAAAUCUUCUCAAGUAUAUUCACCACAAAUAUUUCCAACCAAACAGCAGUGGAGUUCCAGCAUGCCAGUUUCAGAUGCUGGAACUUCUCCGCAAAUCUUUUCGACAGGGCAACAAAUGCGUCCAAUCAUGACAGCAUCUGAAGGGAAAUCUUCUUCACAAGUAUUUCCGACCAGACAGCAGAUGAGCCCUAUGACGAUGACUUCAGAAAAGGGAUCUCCUCCUCUUGAUGUAACGACUGAACAGUCAUCGAUUCCCUUAAUGACAACCUCAGAUGGGGGAUCUUCAUCGCCAAUUGUAUCGACAGAACAAAAAAUUAGUCCCAGAAUAAUAUCGUGUGACGGUACUUCAAAAGAACAAUGUUCACUGCAAUCUGUUUCUACAGGACAACAAAUAAGCCCCAUCAUGACGUCAGAUGCAGGACCUUCUCCUCCAAUAGGGCAACAGAUGAGUCCCGCAAUGAAAACUUGUGAUACUACGUCAGAAGGAGAAUGUUCACCUGAAGUUGUUUCUUCUGGGCAACAAAUAAGUCCCUUUGUGAUGAAUUCAGACGGAGGAUCUUCUCCGAAAUUUAUGCCUACAGGACAACAGAUUAGUCCGAUCAUAGCGAACUCAGACGGAGGAUCUUCCCUUCCAGUAUUUUCUACCGGAGAGGAGAGGAAUCCCAUGACGACAACUUGUGACAGCAUUUCAGAAGAAGAAUGUCCACCGGGAGCCGUCCCUACAGGGCAACAAAUAAGCCUUACUAAGACAAUUUUAGAUGGGGAAUCUUCACCUCAAACUGUUCAAACAGGACAAAACAUGAGUCCCAUUGCAACAACUUCUGAUGAUGGACCUUCUCCUCAAAUGUCUACAACCGGAUCGCAAAUGAGCCCAAUCAGGACGACCUCAUCUGUCGGAUCUUCUCAAAAGGAUAUCAACGAGCAACUAAUUCGCCCCACUAUGACGACUUCAGAUGGGGGAUCUUCAUCACAAAUUGUUUCUACAGGACAGAAGAUGAGUCCUCAGUAUACUUCUGUAGAAGAGUCUUCUCCUCAGCUUCUUGACGGGCAGCAGAUGAGACCAAUCACAGAAACUACAAAUGAGGGAUCUUCUCAUCAAAUGGAUUCAACAGAUUCGACAGAACAGCAAAUGAGACCCAAAAUGAUAUCAUGUGACAGUAAUACAGGAGAAGAAUGCUCACCGGGAGCUGUUUCUAAUGGGCAACAAGUAAAGCCCACUAUGAUGACUUUAGACGGGGAAUCUUCUUCGCAAAAUGUUCCGAAAGGGCAACAGAUUAGCCCACUCAUAAAGACUUUCGAGGAAGGUUCUUUUCCUCCAAUAUUUGAGACUGAAGAGAAGAUGAGCCCCACCAUAACAAAUUUAGAACGUGGAUCUGCUUCACAAACUAAUUUGGAAGAGCAACAGAGGACUCCAAUCAUAUCAACUUCAGAUGGAAAAUAUUCUCCGCCAAUCUUUUGGUCCCCACAAGCGGUGACACCCAUUUUGAUGAGGCCCAUUAUAACUACAGAUGUCGGAUCCUCACCACAAUUUUUUCCCAAUGAACAGCAGAUGAUCCCUAUGAUGAGAAAUUCAGAUGGGGGAUAUUCUCCGCAAUUUUUUCCCAAUGGACAGCAGAUGAUCCCUAUGAUGAGAAAUUCAGAUGGGGGAUAUUCUCCGCAAUUUUUUCGCAAUCGCCAGCAGACGAUCCCUAUUAUGACGAAUUCAGAUAGGGGAUAUUCUCCGCAAUUUUUUCGCAAUCGCCAGCAGACGAUCCCUAUUAUGACGAAUUCAGAUGGGGGAUAUUCUCCGCAAUUUUUUCGCAAUCGCCAGCAGACGAUCCCUAUUAUGACGAAUUCAGAUGGGGGAUAUUCUCCGCAAUUUGUUUCAACGAAUGAGCAGAUGAGCCCAAUUAUAACAGCUGCAGACGGAGGGUAUUCUUAUCAAGAUGGCUGUACUGGGCAGCAUAUGUGCCCUAUUACGACAAGGUCAGAUGGGGAUUAUUCUCCAAAAAUUGCACCCACAAGUCAAGAAUUGGGCCCAAUCAUGACGAAUUCAGAAGGGGAUUCUUUUACCCAAGAUUUUUUAACGGGAGAACAAAUGAGCCCAAUCACGACAGAUUUUGAUGGGUCAGCUCCACAAGUUUCUUCUACCGGACAACAGACGAGUCCCAUCAUGACAAAUUUAGGUGGGGUAUAUUAUCCGCAAACUUCUUUCACAAGGCAAGAGACAGACCGAGGGGUGAGCCCCGACACAAAUUCCUUUGAGAGUUCAGGCAGAUCUCCUAUGCAAUUUGGGUCGAACAAACGACAGAUGAUCUCGGAAUUAACUACUAGUGGAGAAUCUGGUGGAAGUUUCUCCAACUCGGAAGGAAAGAAAGUUAUUUUUGUUAUUGCACCAAAAGGCAGACGCUCAGGUGGAGGAAUUUCCUCUGAAAUUUCUUCAGGUGAACAACAAAUGAGCCCCGGAAUGAUAUCUGGAAUAAGCGGAACUGGAGAAUUCUCUUUUAAGAAGGAGGAUGUCGACGACUACCCAGACGAUGGAGAAAUCCUAAAUUUAGGAACGGCAUCAACUGCACUAAAUUCAGGUGGUGGAUCUCCAAACGGAGAAAUUUUAUCCAACUUCAAACCUGGAGAAAGAUCAUUGGAAGGACUCUCUUCAUUUUCUUCAACAGGAAAAAUGUUUUCCGAACUCCCGCCUGGACAAAAUUCAUGGGGAGGAUCUCCCACAUCAUCUUCCACUGGUAGAACAUUUUCCAAAUUCGGUUCUGGACAAAAUUCAGGGGAAGGAUCGACUGGUAAAAUGUUUUCUAAUUUCGGUUUUGGACAAAAUUCAGGGGAAGGAUCAACUGGUAGAAUGUUUUCCAACUUCGGUUCUGGACAAAAUUUAGGGGAAGGAUCAACUGGUAAAAUGAUUUCCGACUUCGGUCCUGGUCAAAAUUUAGGAGGAGGAUCUUCCACAUCAUCUUCAACUGGAAGAAUGACUUCCGGCUUUGGUUCUGGACGCAAUUCAGCGGAAGAAUCAAAUGGAAGAAUGUAUUCCGACUUCAAGUCUGGACAAAAUUCAGGGACAGGCUCUUUUUCUAAACUUUCAACAGGUGGAAGAAGGCGAAGAAUCUAUAGAAGAAUCAGAAAACCUGGUGGCCUCUAUGGUGGUGGUUCUGGCCGCUGAAGAAGAUGCUUCUGAUAUUAAAAGGUUAAUAUAUAUGCUACAAGACAGACAAGAAUGUAACAAUUGAUUAUUGUUUUGAAAACUCCUUCGGAAUCCGUCUAAUUAUACAAGUGUCAUGUACAAAAUUGUUAUUGCCAUUCUGUAAAUUUUAUU